AUGGCCCUUCAGUCAAGACUAAUGGAGGGUAGUGGCAAUGCAAGUGAAGAGGACAAAGAUGAGGCAGAAGAAUCUGAAGCAGAAGAGGAAAAAGCUGGGAAAAAGAGAACAAUUGAUGAUAGGCAAGCUUUAUUUGACAUGUGCACAGCAAGGUGUAACCAUGAGGAGCAAGAGCAAUACUUUGUAUCGAUGUAUGGAUACUUCCUAACCCGUGGUGAGUUGCAAUGUCUCCAACGUAGAAGAUGGAUAAACGACAGGUUUAUGACUAUGGUGGCGAAGACAUUCGUUGGAGAUCAAAAGGAAAAAGAUGGGCGAGUCAACCGUCAUAUAUUUUCUGCAGAUUUCAUGCAGAAAAUGGUGGCGAAUCCUUUAAGGUGGAAAUGGGAGGACCAUGAAAAAGAAAUAUUACCUGAAUAUAUUGGAUACAAUAUCGGGGAUUGCGAUUUCAUUUUUGGUCCUACUCUAUUUGAAGAUCAUUGGUUUUGUUAUGUUUUUGAGACAAAGACCAUGACCUUCCACGCCCUUGACUCGUUGGUUGAUAGCAUCACAUUCAUGAGAUUACAAGCCGAGGAAGAAGAAGCAAAGAAGAAGGGGGGUGAGCAACAACAUGACGCAAAGAAGAAGAAAAAGAGGACAAGUAAAAGGCAGUUCGACCCCAAACAGUUCAUGGCAACACAAACUUUGUCACUGGAUGUUGUGCUUGGUGUCACUGGAUGA